AUGUUGAGAUCCUCGUUUCGGCUGCUCUAUAUAAGAACCAAUCACCUGGUUCGAUUUUCAUCACCAUUAUCUUCAUCGCUUUCUCUGUUCUCAUCCAAAUCCAGUUCCGCGAAAUUACCUUUCAAUCCUCAUCGGAUUCGUUCUCUUCCAUUAUCCACAACGGGAGCUAAACUUUCCAAGUCGGAACCUUCGAUGGCGGCUACUUCCGAGCCCAAAUCCAUCUACGAUUUCACCGUCAAGGAUGCAAAGGGAAAAGAUGUUGAUCUAAGCACUUACAAGGGGAAAGUUCUCUUGAUCGUGAACGUUGCUUCUCAGUGUGGCUUGACCAAUUCGAACUACACUGAGCUUGCGCAGCUGUAUUCGAAGUACAAAGAUCAUGGAUUUGAGAUCCUUGCAUUCCCGUGUAACCAGUUUGGGAGUCAAGAACCUGGUACAAACGAAGAGAUUGUUGAGUUUGCUUGUACCAAAUUCAAGGCUGAGUACCCAAUCUUCGACAAGGUUGAUGUGAAUGGUGACACAGCUGCUCCAAUCUACAAGUAUCUGAAAUCAAGCAAAGGAGGGAUCUUUGGAGACGGAAUCAAGUGGAACUUCGCCAAGUUCUUGAUUGACAAAGAUGGAAAUGUCGUUGACCGUUACGCGCCAACUACUUCUCCUCUUAGCAUUGAGAAGGACCUGAAGAAACUGUUGGGAGUUACUGCUUAA